CACACCAGCAUAAGCACGCUUCUCCCCGCCUUCGAGAAAGGAAGAUGCAUCCGUCCGCCUUCGCCUUCGUGUUGGUAACCCUGCUGUCGGUUUCCCUGGGUUCUGCCCAAGAAUCCGAACACACCAAGAAGUUGCUGGAAGCGCGCAAGACCCUCGAGGAGUUCACCGUGCCCGCGUUGAAGGAGAACCUGCAAAGCCGCUCCAAUGUUGAGUUCUACGUCAAGUGCGUGGUUGGCACAGGCCCAUGCAACAAAGUUGGCAUCGCUCUCAGUAACCUCCUCGCCCCCGGGCCCCAGGGAGCCACGUUCUGCGGCGGCUGCACUGACAGCGAGAAGGUGCGAGUGAAGGUCGUGCUCGACGCUCUGGAGGCCGACUACAAGGACCUGGCGUGCGAGCUUCACAACUUCAGCGAGAUUCCGCUGUUCUCUAAGAAUCCCUGCGCUUAAAGCACGAGAUCGCAAGGCAUCAUCACACGAAAGCAAGAGUGACCACGAGUUAAUUACGAUUCAAUUCGAGGAUGACGACGUGGCUUCGUGUGCUUGUACAGCUUAUGUAUUAAAUGAUUAUCUCGAACGGGA